GUUGCCGUCACUACCAGUGUGGAGAAAUUGGCAAUGGAACCGGUACCGUAGCCUUGUGCUCGUACACUUGCUAUGUCAGGCUUGGAGACCCAACCGAGCGCUAACGUCGGGAUCAGUGCGCCGUCUUCGACAACAUGGCGUCGCGAGCGGCUCCUACGAAUCGGUAGUACACCUAGUACGGUCGAAACUCUGUCAGCACUUCCCCCUAGCCACGAGUCUGUUCAGGGUCGUGAUUCAGCGGCCAACGAACCUCUUCCUGAGCAGGAUGUUGCUGAAAACACCCCCCUACGUCAGCCCAGUCAAAGUCCCCGCUUUUAUGGCACUUUGCCUUCUGGCAAUUCCAAAAAAUCUCUGUUUCACAAGGGCUCUCUCACUUUCUCGACGAGACGCAGUAUGCCAGACCUUCCCCCCAUUACUCUACCGGGCCGGGAUGUUGUUACUGAUACUCCAACUCCGAUGUAUUCCCCUUCUUUGUUCAGAGAAACAUAUUCACGUCUGAGCGCACAACGUCCAAUCUCGGCCUACGAUGCUCCCUUCUCAUCCAAGGAUACCGGGAGCACCGACAUGGAUACAAAGGUCAAUGGCAUCCGCGUCUGGUAUUCAUCUUUCUCAUCCGUCGACUGGCUCCACGACGCUAUUAAGGACUCGGCGCGUUUCUCCCGAUUGAGGAGACGCAAGUCCCUCCGGGCGCGCAUACGUCUAGCAGUAGACAAGAGUUUGGGUUGGAUCAUCGUCACCAUCGUAGGGUUCUUCACCGCUGUCGUCGCGUUUCUUGUUGUUCGAAGCGAGCAAUGGUUGUUUGACUUGAAGGAAGGGUAUUGUAAAGACCACUGGCUGCGCGCCAAACGGUUUUGUUGUCCUCAGCUUGACGAAUCUUCGGCAUUUUUCAUUUCUCUCUUCUCUGGCGACUCCACAUUGGAGAAUGGUUGUUCGGCGUGGACGACGUGGGUGCAGGCGGCACAUUUGGAUAAGCAUGCCAAGAGCGGAGAGGCUGCGGAGUACCUGUCUUAUUCUGCUGUCGCUUUAUUGCUGGCACUAGUGUCAUGCUUGCUUACGAUAUAUUUAACCAACUCUUCGUCAUUCGUUACGCGCAAAGAAUCGGGCGUCCUCGCACCAGACUUCACUGAUCACCGGCAAAGCUUGAAAGAUACACUGUCCUCUCCUGGAGCAAAACGCAAAGUCGCGUUCUAUGCUGCUGGAAGCGGGAUACCUGAAAUUAAGACCAUUCUUUCCGGAUUCGUCAUCCAUGGGUACCUUGGCGGUCGUGUUUUGUUCACCAAGUCCGUCGGGCUCGCCCUUUCCGUGGCCUCCGGUCUCUCGUUAGGAAAGGAAGGCCCGUUUGUGCACAUUGCAAGCUGCAUUGGUAACAUCGUCAGCCGGUUCCAUAGUAAAUAUGAGAACAAUGAAGCUAAACGGCGUGAAAUAUUGAGCGCAGCUUGCGCGGCUGGCGUAGCGGUCGCCUUUGGCGCACCUAUAGGUGGUACAUUGUUCAGCUUGGAAGAGGUGUCCUACUUCUUUCCUCCCAAGGUCAUGUGGCGAAGUUUCUUCUGCGCGAUGAUAGCAGCAAUCACUCUUAAGAUGCUUGACCCAUUUGGGACCGGGAAACUAGUGCUCUUCCAAGUGACAUAUGAUAGGGACUGGCAUGCGUACGAGCUGUUCCCGUUUGUCCUUCUGGGCGUGUUUGGGGGUAUCUACGGCGCAUAUUUCUCCAAGCUGAAUUACCGCUGGAGUCGGCACGUACGAAAUGGGUCAUGGCUCAAGACACACCCUGUCGCGGAAGUUUUAUUGGUCACUCUUCUUACCACUGUCAUUUGUUUCCUUAAUCCCUAUACUCGCAUGGGUGGUACAGAGCUGGUGUAUAACCUGUUUGCAGAAUGUCAAACAGGCUCUGGAAAUUCGCAUGAAGGUCUGUGUGUUGUCGACCCGGGAUCCUUCGAACACAUCUGGCCUGUCAUCCGCGCCAUCACAGUCGCCCUAGUUGUACGGGGUGCACUCACUAUCAUUACCUUUGGUAUCAAGGUACCGGCGGGAAUCUUCAUACCGUCCCUUGGUGUUGGAGCCUGCGCGGGUCGAAUCCUUGGCAUCUUCAUGCAAUGGUUGCAAAUGACAUACCCUGAUGCCCCAAUAUUCAAGCCGUGUAAAGGCGAUUUGGACUGCAUCAUUCCCGGACUUUAUGCUAUGGUGGGUGCGGCGGCUUCUUUGUCUGGUGUCACGCGAACGACAGUUUCCCUGGCUGUCAUCAUGUUUGAGCUGACCGACACUUUAACAUAUGCUGUUCCUGUCAUGUUGGCCGUGCUCGUAGCGAAGGGUGUCGCUGACGCACUCGAACCCAAGGGAAUCUACGAUCUCGUCAUUAACCUGUCUCAGCUUCCCUACCUUGACUCGAAAAUUGGAUACCUAUGGGGCAAGUUGACUAUUGAUGACAUAACCGACAGAGAUGUCGAAAUUAUCAGACUUGACCGGCCAAACACCGUUGAAAGCCUUCGGGAUCAACUUCAGACCCUACUAUCUUCCGGUAACGAUGAUGGUGGUUUCCCUAUCCUCCGAACGGACGGCGACGAAGGGGGCCUGAGAAUGGUUGGAUAUAUUGGUGCCAACGAGCUCGAACAUGCGCUCAGUAUAGUGGCGGAUCAUGCUGAUGACGAAGUACACUUCCAUUCCACGUUCUCAUAUCACAGCCUCGCCUCUUUAUCUGUCUCUUCCUUGAUAGAGAAUACGCAAGAUUAUGCUGCCGAUCCCUUUGAUUUUAGUAUCUACAUGGAUCAGGCACCUCUUACUGUGCAAUCAAAUUCCCCAUUGGAAAUGGUUCAUCAGCUUUUUGUGAAACUAGGGGCUCGCUACGUUGUGGUGACAGACGUUGACGGAUACUUCGAAGGUGUUAUUGACAAGAAAACAUGGCUUGCUUUCUUGAGUGAGUUGGAGGAGAAGUCAUGAUCUGAUCCGGCCUGCCCUAAACCUAUUUAUUGAAAGCUGUUCAGUGUCAGAGUAUACCAAGGACCUUUAUAACCGUUUCUACUUAGUGCUACAUAUACGUUCAGGUUGCGAACCCAGUAAUGGCAUUACUUAGUGUUGGCCGGGCCUCACUGGCCCUUCUGAAAACGCCUGUGUUGAUGA